AUAUAUAAACUCUCACUCACUCUUACGAACAGAGGUGAAACUAACUCUUGGUCCAAGAUGGUAUCCAUGCUCCAGCUGGGCAUAUUUUUGACCAUGUCCAUGAGCCAUGCCCUAAGUUUACUAGAUCCCGGCAUGGGAUACUAUAUGUUCUAUGCACCAAGAUACUUCACACCAGAAGAUGGACUCAACAUCACUGUUAUACUCUAUGAAAAUUAUGGGUCCAUGAAUGUUACUGUUACACUCAAAGAUGGUGACAAAGAUCUUAAAACAAUAUCUCAGCAAACUCAUGAAAGCCAACAGGCCGUAUUCAUGAAGAUGAACACUGAAGGCCUUGCAAUUAAACGGUACAAAUUACACAUCAACUUUGGCGCUGAAUUGGAAGUCAACUGUGGUUAUAAUUCCAUGAGAUACAUCCUGACUGAUAAAAAUGUAUACAAGCCAGGAGAUACAGUAAAAUUCCGUGUCUUGAACCUUUUUAGAAAUUACACAGGAAGAAACGAUCCCAUGAAAGCCUAUAUAAGGGAUGCAAAUAAGAAUUUACUGUCCGAAAUGCAGCUUACUGCAGAGAAUGGUGUUUCUGCAAAUGAAUUUCAAAUCUCUAGCCGCCCUGUUUUGGGUAAGUGGACCAUAGAAGUAGAGCAGGAUGAAUUUUCAGAGAAAAAAUCAAUCAAGGUCAAGGAAUAUGUUCUCCCCAAAGUGGAAGUGACCGUAAAAGUUCCAAAACAUAUAUUUCAUCUAAAUAAAAAAAGCUUCAAGGGCAGGAUACUAACUGUUACUGUUAAAGCUCGGUACACUCAAGGUAAACCUGUGUCAGGAACAGCAAAAUUAUAUAUACGCGGAAAUUGUUUGAGAAACAACUCUUUCUCUCAAAAGAUCAAAGGAGAGACUACAUUCAACAUUGAUUUGGGUACAGUUGCUAUAUUUGGGUCCAGAUGUGGUAAUUUCAAGAUUAAUGCUUCAGUGGUUAAUGAUUUGGAUAAGAAAGUCUACUAUGCUGACUUAGUGACCACCUCUUUGACUGAUUCUCCAAUUGAAGUAGUCUCUGGCAAUAGUGACUAUUUAUAUAAACCGAAUACAAUGUUAAAGUAUAAGCUGUAUGUGAAACGUGUAGAUGGACAGCCUCUGACUGAUGAAGACAGAAAGGACACUUUGAAAAUUUCCAUUGACGAUGUGGACUUCAGUUAUAAUACAUCUUCUGAGAUCCCUGAAAAUGGCAUUGUUGAAUUUGCAUUUACUCCACCAAAUCGUAGAAGCUUGCGAGCGCGGGUUAUCUUCAGUGGUGAAUAUGAAGCAGAGAAGUACCUGAUGCUACGGACAGUUUACUUAUCAUAUCGUUACCCUCGCGGAGGCCAUAUCCUGACCAGAAUGGAUGAUGAGACCAGUAAACCUGAGUUCUUGCUGACUUUUCCUCACAGAGUAACCAGCUUUUUCUUCACUGUCGUGAGCUGUUCCAGAGUCUUCAUAUCGAAACAUGUCAAACAAGAUGCUGCAAAAAGUGCUACGAUUUCAUUUGAUACCUCUGGAAUGAUUCGAAAGGCCCAUAUAGUGGUUGGUUAUGGUCUUGAAGAAAGACUGAUAGAGACUUCAUCAGUUAGUAUUGAUGUGAAGGGACCUACAGGUGUAUCACUAAAUGCUACAUUUAAAGAAUCCCUUGUGAAACCAGGCCAUGAAGCAGAACUGGUAAUCCAGAGCAACCCUAAUACAACUGCCUUUGUCGCUGCUGUUGACAAGAGUGUCUUGUUACUCUCUAAGAAAACGGAUUCGAUCUCUGAAAUGAUUUUCAAUGGAAUGAUUCACAAACAAAUCUACCCCUCUCACUCUUCUUGGGGAUUCAAUUCUCUGGAGGAAUUUUACCAACUUGGAAUAGCAGUUUAUGCUGACGAAAAUAUUGUUUAUGAAAUGAUGGUUGCUGAAAGUUUCAAACCAAGAGGAAAAAUAGCUAAAGCGCCAAAGCUGCGAACCAACUUCCAAGAGACUUGGAUAUGGGAUACCAUUGACACUGGGAGUACAGGAAUGGCUUCAUUGGCGAAAACUGCACCAGACACUAUAACAACUUGGGUGACCACAUUAUUUGGUAUGCAUCCCUCUGAAGGAUUUAUUCCAUACAACCAAGAGGUUGAAUUGACCACCUUCCAGGAUUUCUAUAUCUCAUUGGGGAUUCCUUACUCUAUUGUAAGAGGAGAGCUAUUUGAAUUAAAUGUUUAUGUUUUUAAUUACAUUCCCAAGAAUGAAACGGUCACAGUUCAGUUAAUGAAUUCUAACAAGACUGUAAAAGAAGAAAAAACAAUCAAUAUGACUGCUGAUCAGACUGAAGUUGCUGUGGCAUUUAGAAUGGAACCAAAUGAGAUUGGAAAAGUCCCUGUGAUGGUGUAUGCUUCUAUCUCUAAUCACACCGAUGCGGUCCAAAGAUACUUAAACGUCAUAGCAGAAGGUUCUACACAUGAGAUGAGUCAGCCCUUGUCAGUGAACGUGUCCUUGGAGGAACCUUUCACGGAAUUAGUUGAAAUCAAAUAUCCACCAAAAGUUGUGGAGGGAUCCGAGGUUGUAUCAGUGUCAGUCAUUUGUGACAUCAUGGGACCAGUAUUAAGUGGACUUGACCGAUUGAUCAGGUUUCCCACAGGCUGUGGGGAACAGACUAUGCUAUCACUGUAUCCCAAUGUGCUUGUCUUCAUGUACCUGGAAGCCAGGGAUCGACUCAGCCCUUCAACAAGUCUGCAACUUGAGAAAAAUACCAUUGGAGGUUACCAAAAUGAAUUAACGUACCAGCACAAAGAUGGGUCAUUCAGUGCUUUUGGGGAUAGAGAUGAAUCAGGAAGUACUUGGUUGACAGCUUAUGUGAUUAAAUGCUUCUGUAAAGCAAAACACCAGAUGAAAGGUGUAACAAUUGACAGCAAAGUGAUAGAGAAAGCAGUGUCUUGGUUACUCGAACGGCAGCAAAAAGAUGGGUCGUUUAAAGAAGUUGGCAAUGUCAUCCAUAAAGAUAUGCAGGGUGGAACAUCCUCCGGUGUUACCCUGACUGCUUUUGUUGCAAUCAGUCUCCUACAGUGCCAAGAAGUGAAUGCGGUCAACGUUACAGACUCACUCAAAGGAACGGCUGAAUACCUUCGAUCAUGGGUCAACAACAGGAGGGCCAAGGAUGCGUAUUCCCUGUCUGUCGUCCUCACUGCAUUUGCCUUGUUGAAGGAUGGUGGCUACUUUAACAGGGUCAACAAACAGCUUCUUAGUUUGGCAACAAAGAAAGAUGACAAGAUGUAUUGGGCGUCAUCACCAUCAAAGUCUGUGGAAAUGGCAGCCUAUGCAUUGUUGGCUUACAGUUACAAACACAAAAUGGAAGAAAGCAUUCCCGUUCGAAACUACCUUGUCAGUCAGCGAAACAGCCACGGAGGUUUCCGUUCCACACAGGACACUGUGAUGGGUCUUGAAGCUCUGACUCAGUAUGCCCUGCUUUUCAGCCAGAAUGAUUCCGCCGUGGAUGUGAAAAUAGAGACGAAUGAAGGGACCGAAUAUUCUUUGAAACUAUCACUUACGAAAACUCAACCAUUCUUUAUAAGAAAGAUCUUCCUUCAAGCACAAAGAAUUUGAAAGUUGAAGUGACUGGAAAUGGUUAUGUUCUUGUUCAGGUGAACUGGCAAUAUAAUUUGAUCCCUGAGGAGAAAGGGACUUAUUUAUCUAUCAAUAUGUCAAAGAAGUCAACCCCUCCAGAAACUGCU